AUGACACGACAAACAAAUCUGACUCUUCCAGCAGUGUCUGUAGCAGAUGCACCUCCUGAAGCUACUCAAAGUCCAUUCCAACAAACCAAAACUAAUGAAUUCAUUCCUCCAGCAAGGUUCAUCGUCGAGGACCAUCCUGAAGCUUACAAUGAUCGAUAUGAAAUGGAAAGUGAGUCUGAAAAUGAAAAUGAAGAUGAGGAGAAUCAGACUUACACUACCUAUCCAGCUGGAGAGUCUUUUAUAAACCCAUCACCACAACAUAUCCCACAACAAACUAAUAAUACAGUUACUUCGCCUAUUAUCAUCGGGAUACAAAAAAAUGGUUACUACGACGACGGAGAUCUAGGUUGGAAUUUUCCCGAGCCUGGACAAGCUCCGAAAUUUUCCCAGCUCUAUGUCAUUGAUACUUUAAAUGAGAUAAAAAAUAGACUUGACGCUUAUGCCGGGUCUGACAGAGCUGCUGCUAAGAAACUAAGAGAACCACUUGUUCUUCUUCUGAAGAAUAUGUUAGAUCAGUGUAACCCUCAUGUCAAGGAUUUUAGGUCUGCAAGAGACAGAUUCGACGUGGAAGAAUCAACAGGUUAUAGGAUGAGAUUGAUUGAAAGUCGACAAUCUGAUGGACGGACCCAUAAUCUGCCGACUGCAAAUGUGGAGGCUGCUUUGAUACCUGGAGAUUUUGUUUUAAAUAUGGAGACACGAGAUAUUGUUCUAGAGAGUACAAGUGGAAAGUUGCAAGGGAUAAGUGAAUUACAUCCGGCGUAUUUGCCUCUGCAAUAUCCACUAUUGUUUCCAUAUGGAGAGGAUGGCUUUCGAUUAAAUAUUCCUAUUGGUUUUGAAGAAAGCACUGUGAGAAAACGCAAGAAUAAAAAGCUCCGGUCAAGUAGUUACACUGCAAUCCAGAAAGCAGCUACAAGAGCUGGAGCUAAGAUGGCUGAGCAAGGGAGCCGAAUUUUCAUUCCAGCACCGAGGGAAAAAGUAAUGUACACGAUUGAGUUUCAGAAACAAGGAAUGCCACACGCUCAUAUUCUUGUCUUCAUGGAAAAAGGAUCAAAAUUUCCAACAGCCGAUGAUAUAGAUAAGAUUAUUUCCGCUGAAAUACCAGACAAGACAGUAGAUCCAGACCUGUAUGUAAUCGUUGGGGAUUGUAUGAUGCAUGGUCCUUGCGGUGCAGCAAAGAAGGAUAAUGUAUGUAUGGUUAACGGUAAAUGUUCUAAGAUGUUUCUGAAACCUCUCAACAUCAGGACAUCGAUUGACGCAAAUGGAUUUCCAGCUUACAUGCGUCGGAUUGAUGGUAGGUUCAUUGAGAAAAAUGGAAUCAGAGUAGACAAUGGAUUUGUUGUACCAUACAACAGAGACCUCAUGCUUCGUUAUCGCGCGCAUAUGAAUGUCAAGUGGUGCGUCCAAACACAAGCUGUUAAGUAUCUUUUCAAAUAUAUCCCUAAGGGACCUGAUUAUGCCUCAGCUGCAAUGGAUAAAGAAGAUGAAGAUGGCGUCAUUGACGAAAUCAAAACAUAUUACGACUGCAGAUAUAUUACUGCAUGCGAGUCGCCGUGGCGGAUUCUUGCUUUUCCUACACAUUUUCGUACUACUUCUGUGGAGAAACUUGGCUUUCAUUUUCCGGAUCAGGAACUGAAAUCAGGUACGAGAGAAUGGGUACCACGGAAACGAGGCUUUGCGAUAGGGAGGAUUGCGCAUAUUCAGCCAUCAGGUGAUGAGCUAUAUUUCUUAAGAGUAUUGCUAAAUUGGGUAAGAGGGCCGACAUCAUACGAGGAUAUAAGAACAGUUGAUGGUGUUUUAUAUCCUACAUACGAAGAUGCUUGCUAUGCGUUGGGAUUGAUGGAUGAUGACAAGGAAUUCAUAGAAGCUAUCAAAGAUGCCAGUGACUGUAGUUCUGCCACGCAUGCCAGGAAGCUUUUUGCGAGAAUGUUGGUUUCCAAAUCUUUGUCUCAGCCUCAUUUUGUGUGGGAAGUUACUUGGGAGUAUCUUACCGACGAUAUUCUUUACAAGAAGCGGCGAGAAACUGGACGACCUGAUAUGAACUUGACCAUAGAGCAGAUCAAAAAUAUUGCUCUUACUGAGAUCAAAAAUUAUUUGCUCAGCAAUGGUCGUAGCCUCAAGAAAUGGCCCCACAUGCCAAAGCCAGAAGAUUUUGGCUCUUACAACGGCAAUCGCCUUAUAGAUGAUGAGCUUAAAUAUGUUGUGGAAGAUCAGCUAAAGGAAAAUGAAAGACUUAUGGCGAUGAUAACAGAUGAGCAUAGAGGGGUAUACGAACAGAUUCUGGAUGCAGUUUUAAAUGAUAGCGGUGGAGUGUUCUUUCUUUAUGGUUAUGGAGGCACAGGAAAAACCUUCGUAUACAGAGCACUCUCACCAGCGAUCCGAUCUAGAGGUAUGAUUGUUCUAAAUACCGCAUCAAGUGGAAUUGCAGCAUUGUUGUUGGAAGGAGGUAGAACCGCACAUUCCAGAUUUGGUAUUCCGAUAGAUGCAGACAAUUUCAGUACUUGCAAGAAAAUGGAGCCAGGAUCAGAUCGUGCAGAAUUAGUUAACGUGGCAAAGUUAAUUGUAUGGGAUGAGGUGCCUAUGAUGAGCAGACACUGUUUCGAGACGUUGGAUCGCACAAUGCGUGAUAUUAUAAGAUCUUCUGAAGACAAACCUUUUGGGGGUAAAGUUGUUGUUUUCGGUGGAGAUUUCAGAUAG